AUGGAGAAAAAUCGUCUUUCUUCAUUUGAACUCAUAAACAUAUAUAGAGAUUACAUUGAUGCAAGCAACAGCAUAUUUAGGCUUGAUACAUUUGAACCAGCAGCAAUUAAAGAAAUUUAUUUAACAAUUAAAAAUACAUUAAUAAAAAAGUAUGAAAUUUCAAUCAUUCGUAUUCUGGAGAUCAUAGAUUAUGCAUGUGCCUACAGAGAUCGUUAUUUAGAAGCAUAUCUCCAAUUAAUUCAAAAUUUUCUUCAAGAUGUUGAAUCUCCCGAUUUCAAUCCAUUUAGAUAUACAUUAAAUAUAGAAAAACUAAUGAUUUAUAUCAAAGAUUCUCCUUAUUAUCAAUUUUUCUCUAAAUUUUAUCAAAAACCUCACAAAUUCGAUCAAAAUCAUUCUCACAAUAAAGGAUCAUUCCUUAAUUGUAUUAUGAACGAUGACAUCCAAUCAUUUAUCACUCGUGUUGAAAAUGAUGAAAAACUUCUCAAUUUCAGAUGGAGGCAUGAUUUGAUUGGAAAUUUAACAGUUAUGGAAUGGUGCAGUUAUUAUGGUUCUGAAAAGAUAUUUAUGUAUAUUCUUAAUGAAACCAAAUCAGAUAUUUCAGAUCAAUGUGGGCAAUUAAGUUUUCUUGGAGGAAAUCCUACCAUUGUGAAUCAAUCGUUAAAAGAUGUAGAUCCAAGUGAUUUGUCAAUGGAAUAUGCAGUUAUUUCGCAUAACUCAGAUUUCAUUGUUUAUUUGCAGAAUGAAAAUUGCAAAAUCAAUCCAAAAUUUUGUCUUCAGAGCUCAAAUUUAUUUGGUCUCAUUCUUUAUCAUGAACAAAGCAAGAAUCAUAAUGAAUUUUAUGUCGAUCUAACAUAUUUUGGAUUAAAUUUAAUGUUUACUGAUUAUGAAUUUCAACAAGAAAUGGUUUCUGUAAAGAAUUGUGAAGGUAAAACAGUGUUGCAUUACUUUACAAUUGCAAAUAAUGUCAUUUUACUUCAAACAAUGAUUGAUCUUAAUAUCGACAUUAAUGCAAAAGAUGAUUUUAAUUGGUCAGCAUUGCAUUAUGCCACAAAGUAUAAUUGCAUUGAUGCUGUAAACAUUCUUUUAGAUAAUAAAGCGAUUGUAAAUAUUGAAGAUGGUGAUAGAUUUAGACCUCUUCAUAAAGCAGCAGAAUAUAACAAUACUGAAAUAUUAUCAAUACUUAUUGAUCAUGGUGCAAGUAUUCAUGACAAAAAUAAUUAUUUGGAAAUCCCUUUGCAUUGUGCUGUAAGAUCAAAUAGUAUAGAAUCAGUAGCAAUUUUGCUUGAUAAUGGUUCCGAUGUUAAUUCCACAAAUUUGCCUCUGGCAACUCCAUUAGAAUUAGCUGUAGAUUUUGACCUUGUUGAUAUUGCAACUCUUCUCAUUGAUUUUGGUGCAGAUGCUAAUGCAACUAAUAAAUUCCAGAGAACCUCAUUAAUUUUCCAAGCUGUCAUGAAUAAUUCUAUCAAUAUGUUAGAUUUACUGGUCGACAAUGGUGCAGAUAUUAAUGCAUUGCGUAAUGAUCUUUCAACUCCACUUCAUCUUGCAGCCGAAUAUAAUUCAACUGAAUGUGCGAUUGAUUUGGUACAAAAAGGUGCAAAUAUUGAAGCUAAGCAAUGCCAAGGUAUAACACCACUUUGCAUUGCAGUUAGUAAAUCAAGAGAAACUGCUAUUGCACUUAUCGAACUUGGAGCAGAUGUCAAUGCUGUUGGUGCUGGCCAAUGCCCAAUACUUAAUAUAGCAUGUUCAUGCGCCUUGAAAGAUAUUGCUCCUCUACUUAUAUCUAAAGGUGCCGAUGUAAAUGCAACAGAUCCAUCAAAUAAUAACGCAAUUCACGCGGCUGCAGCUGCUAACAAUGUUGAAGCUAUUUCGUGUUUGCUAGAACAUGGCGUUGAUAUAAAUAUUUUAGGCUAUAAAUUAUUAACCCCACUUUAUAUGGCUGUAAUGCAUGGAGCUUAUGAUGCGACAAAAUUCCUUUUAGAGCAUAGUGCUGACAUUAAUAUCAGAUACAAUACAUUUACUGUGUUACACAUGGCAAUAACUAUCAAUGCUAAAUUGCCUAUAGUCGAUCUUUUAAUUGCAUUUGGUGCUGAUAUUCAAUCUCGCACCGGUGAUGGCGAAACAGUCUUACAUUUGGCAGCGAGAUAUAAUAAACCUAAAUUAGUACCUUAUUUACUUGAGAAAGGUGCUGACAUAAACAUCAAAGAUGAUGAUAAUCUCACACCUCUUGAUACGGCACGAGUUUACAAAGCAAAAUAA